AUGGCACCGUUUCGAGGCGGAGGAAGUCGAAGCGCUCGGGGUGGUUCGCGAGGCGGCUCUCGUGGUGGCUUCAGGGGCGGGUCAAGAGGCGGCUUCAGAGGAGGACCUAGAGGAGGUUCUAGAGGAGGUUCUAGAGGAGGCAGAGGCGUUGCGCGAGACAGCGGGAAGCUUGCACGGAGCGGUAUAAGGACAAGAUCAGGCUACAGAAGGUUUGAUAGCCAGAGAGUAAAGGAUGCGGACCAGUCCAGCGAGGAAGACUUGCCAGACGUCGCAGACGAAGCGGAGGAAGAUGAGGAAGACGAUAUAAGCGAGGACGAGGCGGUCGAUGCAGAGGCGCAAGCGAAGGCUCGAGCGUACAACAUGCUAUUGCAGUCGUUCAAGCAGCCUGAGGACAGCAGCGAACGGCAGCGGAAAAGGCGCAAGAUCGAAGCCGAAGCACCUGUGGAAGACACGAAUGGCCAUGUGAGCGUUGCAGAUGACAUUGCAAGCGAGAGUCUACUAGAGGACGAGGCUACCGGCAGUGAAGAUAUACUCGACGAAGAUGUUGACGCGGAAGAGGAUGUUGAGAGCGACGACGAAGAUUCCGAGGCGGUGGCAGGAAGCGACGUCGAGGACGUUCAAGACUCGAGAGACCCAUUCGAAAUGCACUUUGCCAAUCCCGACGACAAUGAGCUGUCGAGCCGAUUGAAAUCCGUUCAGGCAGGCAACUGGCAAGUCGAAAAGCACGUUGGCCCCGAUCGUUCAACCAUCAUCUCCUCCGCGCCAAUGUCAGCGGAAGGCAGCAUCUACCGCAAGACAACUAUACGGUCUUCCGACGGCAUAGCACUGAAAAAGCGCCUUGUGGCACCCGCGCAGAAGCAUCUUUCUACUUUCGACUCAUCGCAAGAGACUCUAGCACCCUACGUUUCGCAGUACAACGACGUGCUCUACGGCAACCGAUCAGCCGAGAACGCAAGCUCACUCCGCCAAAUAGCCUGCCUCCAUGCUCUCAAUCAUGUACUCAAGGGUAGAGACAAGGUCUUGAAGAACAACGAACGGCUUGCAAAGGCGAAAGGUCCAGACCAUGCAGAUGUACAAGACCAGGGCUUCACAAGGCCGAAGGUACUGAUCCUGACUGAGACGAGGCAAAUGUGUCACAGCUACGCCUCCAUUCUGGUAGAUCUCUUCGCUCCCGAACAGCAAGAGAACAAACAACGUUUCGAUAGCUCCUUCACUGCUCCUUUAGAAGACGAGAGGAACAUGCCUGAAGACUUUAACGAGCUGUUCGCGGGCAACAACGACAACAAUUUCACGACGGCGAUCAAGCUCACCCGAAAGACGUUGAAGUUCUUCUCUGCCUUCUACACUUCCGACAUCAUCCUCGCCUCUCCUCUCGGCUUGCGGCGCAUACUGGAGAAUGAGGACUCGAAGAAGCGAGACCACGACUUCCUCAGCUCCAUCGAGUUUGUUGUCGUCGACCAAGCGGACGCGAUGCAAAUGCAGAACUGGAGCAACGUGGAGACAGUGUUCGAGCAUCUCAAUCUCCAACUCAAAGAAGCCCACGGCUGCGACUUCAGCCGCGUGCGGCCCUACUACCUCGACGGCAACGCCAAAUACCUCCGCCAAAACAUGAUCUUCUCCGCCUACAUCACGCCAGAGAUGAACCGCCUCUUCAACACCUCCAUGCAGAACGUCGCAGGCAAGCUCAAAUUCACUCCCACUUACCCGGACGGCGCCAUCAGCACCGUCAGCAACAUCGGCGGCAUCAAGCAAACCUUCUCUCGCUUCGACUCGCCUUCCCCAGCCUCCGACCCAGACGCCCGCUUCAAGUACUUCACUACUGCCAUCCUCCCCUCUCUCCUCCGCCUCCCCAAACCCGCUGAAGGCGGACAGGGCAUUCUGAUCUUCAUUCCUUCGUACUACGACUUCUUGCGCAUCCGGAACUUCUUCGCCACCUCGCAGCAAACGCAGAAUAUCUCCUUCGGCACCAUCCACGAGUACUCUGAGGUCAGCGAUCAACGACGUGCGAGAGCGCAUUUCGUGAAUGGACGGCAUAGCUUCCUGCUUUACACGCAGCGGGCGCAUCAUUUCUUCCGGCUGCGGCUGAAGGGGGUGAGGAGGGUGGUGAUGUACGGUCUACCUGAUAACCCGAUUUUCUAUGAAGAGGUCGCUGGUGGAUUCCUCGACACGAGUCUGCAAGAAGGGCGGGUCCAAGAAGGCGAAGCGGCUGCGAGGGUGAUGUUCUCGAAGUGGGACGGCCUGGCACUCGAGCGGGUCGUGGGGAGUAGCAGGGUGAAGUCCAUGUUGGGCGGGACGGGAGAUAUGUUUGAAUUCUUGUAA